UCCGUCUUUUGACGUUCCUGUAUGUAGGGUUCCAUGCGAUCAGGGGCCACUGGCUCCUCCUAUCACCAGAAAAGAUGGAGCCUCGUCAUGGUAUUAUGAAAGCUUUUCCUAAAGUCAAAAGGGCAAAAGUGCUACAGGGGAAGGAUGCACCCCCACUGAAGAAGACAGCAGAUGACUGUGAUGUCACAGGAAACACUUUUCAUGGAGUGACGGUAUACCUUCUGCCUGCUGGAAUAGGAAAUGCCAGAUGCCAGAUUUUCCAAAGACAAAUUCAGCAGAAUGGGGGACGAACGGAGAGUUCACUGUGUCCCGGUGUCACUCAUGUUGUUGUGGACGACAACAUGGGCAGCGAAAGGGCUCUGCGCUUGCUGAAAGUAGAUUGUAUGCCCUCUGGAGUCCAACUGGUAAAAUGUACCUGGCUGAGCUUGUGCAUUAGUGAGAAACAGCUGCUAGAUAUAGCCAGCUACAGCCUGUUCUAUCCACUUAGUGACUCUGAAACAAAACACGAAGAAAUUAAAAAAGAGUCACUAAAUAUCAAACCUGAUGCAGAAACUGUGAUCGAGCCAGUGACUGAUCAAGAGGAGAGCACAGAAAUGAGAGUCCCAGACAGCAAAGAGGAAGUGCGGGGAGAAGAAGACGGCGUCUCUCAGAGUGAUCUGGAAGCUCUCAUCACUGGCCAGCAUCCCAAAGAGGAGACUCCUGGCCCCAGCCUCUCCCUUGGUCCAGAUACUGCUGCUCAGAAGCCAGUAUCGGGGAAGUGGGUCUGUGCCCAGUCCUCUCAGUCCAAAAGCAAUAACUUCAACAAGCACAUCACAGACAAACUUGAAUUGCUGGCCAAGGCCUACACGCAUCAGGGGGACAAGUGGAGGGCGCUGGGCUACUCCAAGGCUGUCAACGCACUGAAAAGCUACCAUAAACCCGUUACAUCAUAUCAGGAAGCUUGUCAGAUCCCAGGAAUAGGAAAACGCAUGGCUGACAAAAUUGAAGAGAUUAUGGAGAGCGGUCAUUUGCGGAAGCUUGAUCACAUCGGUGAGGCUGUGCCAGUGCUGGAGCUUUUCAUGAACAUCUGGGGUGCUGGGACUAAGACCGCACAACUGUGGUACCAACAGGGAUUUCGUACUUUGGAGGAUAUCCGUACAAAAGCCCACCUGACAAACACUCAGAAAAUAGGACUCAAGCACUACAAUGACUUUCUAGACCGAAUGCCCAGAGAAGAAGCAGGAGCCAUAGAAAAAGUGGUGAGGGAUGCUGCACAAGCCAUCGACCCUGGCUUAGUGGCAAUAGCAUGUGGCUCCUAUCGUCGGGGAAAAGCCACAUGUGGAGAUGUUGAUGUACUUAUAUCUCACCCUGAUGGCAAGUCCCACAGGGGCAUUUUUACUAAAGUCUUACAGACACUCCGUGACAGUGGGUUUUUAACCGAUGACCUGGUGAGCCACGAGGAAAACGGUGAGCAGAAGAAAUACAUGGGUGUGUGCCGUUUGCUGGGGCAUGACCAACGCCAUCGCAGGCUGGAUAUCAUCAUAGUGCCCUACAAUGAGUUUGCUUGUGCUCUGAUGUAUUUCACUGGUUCGGCACACUUUAACCGUUCAAUGAGAGCCUUUGCAAAGACAAAAAGAAUGAGCCUAUCGGAGCACUCACUGAACAAAGAUGUGGUACGUCAAGGAAGUGUGAAGGUGCAUGGUGGCACUCCACUUCCCACACUGACAGAGAAGGAUGUUUUUAGCCUUUUGGGCAUACCCUACAGAGAUCCCCAUGAAAGGGACUGGUGAUGAUUUGACAAUUAGCUUGUGGUUUUAUAGAAAAAUAAUUAUGAUGAUAAGGAAUAAUGAUUAUUGGACUCAAACAAUUUUAAGUAUAUUUUACAGGUCCUUAGAUUAUACAAGAGCCCUAUUUGACUUGAAUGCUAAUUUAUAUUUUGCAAAUUAAAGAAUGGUGGUAGUCCAAACUUAUAAAAAGCUAAAGCUUGUUUGUUGCCUGUGUUUAGCUCCAAAAUGUCUGUGGCUACUGCACAAAAUUGAAUAUUCUUGUUUGAACCAGGAGUGUUUUGGGUGUGAGGUGGCAGUGGUAACUUAAAAGUGUGAAAUUUAAACAACAACGGUGAUCUAAUACUGGCAGAAGAGGUUUUAGAGGCUUGUAAAUUCAGAAGAAAAUGUGGGAUAAGUGCCACUAAGCGAGUGAAUUGACCUUCAGUUCAUGUCAGGAGGAUAUUGAAUGUUUUAAGUAUUUUGUUUUUAAAGAUUAUAGAUGAUAACAGAAUGUAAUAAAAGAUUACACGAC